AUGUGGAACAUGCAAGUGACAAAGCGAUGGACAGAGGUGGUCGCGUAUAAACGUUCAAAGACUAACUCGACGUCUCGUGGCGACGAUCUUCCUAGGAUUCGACAUAAAAAAUGUGACGAGACGCAGCCUGCUUGCUACAUGUGCACAAACACUGGGCGUGUUUGCGACGGCUACCAGCAAACCCCUGACAGAAGGACACGGGCCUUCCGGAAAGGCAAGAGGGAUAGUUCCUAUGAUCCUCGAUCUCCGAUUGAUGAUCUCCUGACAGAGCCAAUACUAGUAGAGGAACUGCAAGCAGUUGAGGCUGGAGAAGAAGCGACCGAAGAGGACUUUAUUGGCACUGCCCUUCCUCAAGAAAAUGUACCAACACCUUCUGUCAAGACCAGACCGGUCACAAGAAGAGUAGUGGUAUCUUCUCCCAUGCUGAAAGAUAGACCUAGCGUAUUUGCCAAGUCUCACAGGUCGGAUCUCAUAUCGUCUGCCCAUUAUCUAACAGACCCACACAAAGCCAGCCUAAGUCAACGUGAACGCUGGCACUUUGAAUUCUUUAUUAGAUAUACUUCGUCUCAGUGUUCGGUCUUUUAUGGCUACGACUUCUGGCAACGUAUCGUGCCUCAAUACACAGAGGCCGAACCCGGUCUUCGCCAUGCUGUCAUUGCCGUUGGGGCACUUCAUCGAAACUUCGAGGACAGCCAACUCAACUCACAAGAGCCCGAUUUUUCUUUCGCAAUCCAACAAUGCAACAGAGCGAUUUACAAUCUCAAACAUCGGCUUAUUGGCGACCAAAGUCAGCAUAUGGAGGUAGCCCUAAUCACGUGCAUAUUGUUUGUCUCGUUUGCUUUUCUCCAAGGAGACGCUGGAGCAGCAUGUCGUUUGAUACACGGCGGCGUGAAAAUGAUGACGGAGUGGGAGAAGAAUUCAAAUUCGCUUAAAGACUCUACAAUAAAGCUGACCGUGAUGAGGGUCUUUUCCCGGAUACAAUUUCAUGCCAUGACGUGCGGUGACCCCGACUUUUUCGUGGAGGAGGAAUAUAAUCCAAAAGGCACAAUGAACGUGUUGUCGUCGAAUCAAAGUCUUUCCCAGCCGAUCGACAGUAUCGAAGCAGCAAGCAGCUUGCUAUUCGAUAUCGGCUGGCAGGUCAUGCAGAGGAAACCCUGGCUGAGCCGGCCGCACAGAAAUGAGCAUUACGAUGUGGUUGCCACCCUCAACAAUCUCCAGAGGUGGGAAGCACAAUGCCACAUCGCCUUAAUGGGCCGACGUGAAGAGAUGUCCAUUAGAGAUCGAGGCUCGUGGAUAAUGCUCCAAAUGUGGAGCGAGACAAUCUAUAUUCUCGCCGCAACGGAUUGGUGUGCAGACGGACGCGAGUCGAGAUUCGAUGGCCUCCUCUCACACUUUCGUAAGGCCAUCGGGUACGCCAAGGAGCUCUUAACCACAGAGUCGAUGCGAUCAUUCUUGCCCACCUUCCAUAUGGGACCGGGCAUCAUACCGCCUCUUUUCUUAUGCAUUAAUAAAUGCCGCGAUUGGAAAUUGCGCAAAGAAGCAAUGUCUCUGCUCCGGAGUUGGCCGUGUCAGGAAGGGUUCUGGAAUACUGCGGGCUCUGCAAAAUGUUUAGAAAAACUCAUUGAAAUCGAGACACAGGGUCUUUUACCCGGCGAGGUGGUGCCUGAAUCCCAGCGCAUUAUCGCUACACAUGUGGAUUAUCUGCCUAUCACAAACACGUAUCGAUUCUGCGAUGCAGAUAUCGAAGCACAAAUGGCCGGAUCAUACAGCACCUUUGCCGGAACCACCAACGACGACAGUCAAAACAGAGACGAUACAUCAGUCCGUAGUAGCGAGAGCGGUCGAUGUCGAAUCAACCCGCGACUGAUUUCUGAUGCGAUUCUGGGUCUCUCGGAUGGACUUACAGUGCCGUUUGCGCUGAGUGCUGGUCUUUCGGCCAUUGGCGAUACAAAAGUUGUUGUUCUCGGAGGAUUGGCAGAGCUGAUUGCUGGUGCGAUCUCCAUGGGACUAGGUGGCUACGUUGGUGCGAAAAGCGAGCUCGAAUCGUAUGAGGCAACAGUGCGCGAGGUCAAUGAGAUCCUUGACCAUCCCGACGAAACUCGAUCUAUGGUCACCUCUACCUUUGCAAACUACAACCUCUCACCAAGCACACUCGAUGAAAUUAGCAGCUCUCUCCAGGCAGAACCGGAGAGGCUACGCGACUUUCUUAUUAGCUUUUAUCACCGUGAAACAAAGCCAGACUGCAAUCAAGCGUACAUGUCAGCUCUGACACUCACUCUUGGCUACUUUAUCGGCGGCUUCAUCCCAUUGAUCCCAUAUUUCAUUGCCGACAAGGUUUACACCGCUUUUGUUGCGAGUGUCAUUGUCAUGGCCAUCACGCUAUUCGCAUUUGGAUACGUGAAAACUUGCAUAGUGAGGGGAUGGAAAGGCGGGGUCAAUAUCCGGGCUGGUGUGAUUGGAGGCAUUCAGAUGUGUGUGGUUGGCGGUCUUGCUGCAGGGGCGGCUGUAGCGUUAGUCAAAUUAAUCAACGGGGAAGGCAGUGUCUAG